AUGGCAGAGCCCUCUUCUCCUAACCAGCGAAAUAUCGAAAAUUAUCAUGACAAGCACUCUACCCAGCUUGAGCAGUUGUGCAAAUUGAAACUAUCCGAAAUACAGUUUCAUCACCGAAAGACGAGCAUAAUUUGCACAGUAGGCCCAUCAUGCAACACGGUGCCUAAGCUUCGAGAACUAAUCCUCAAUGGAAUGAAUAUAGCAAGACUGAAUUUUAGUCAUGGAUCUUACGAGGAGCAUGCUGAAGUCAUCGCUAGAGUCAGAGAAGCCAAUGAGAACCAUUACGAUCCUGUGGCUAUUGCCCUUGACACAAAGGGCCCCGAGAUAAGAACGGGCGUUCUGACGGGGAACAAAGAAGUCACUUUGGAGCAAGGUAAGAGCAUCCAGCUAACUACGGACAAGAAAUACGAAAACAAUGGAACAGCUACAUGUGUCUAUGUUGACUAUGUCAAUCUGCCUCGAGAUGUGAAAAAGGGAUCACGGAUCUACGUCGACGAUGGACUCAUUUCGUUAUUGGUAGAGGACGUAUCCAAAAAUGCUGUGAAUUGCAAAGUCGAAAACGGAGGAGUGCUAGGAAGUAGAAAAGUGAGUAGAAUAGCUCUAGAUUAAAC